GUUAAAUCCUUCCUUCCUUCGGAUUCAACUGCCUUAGACAUUGAGGGAUUACGGGAUCCCCUUCUUACAUUAUGCUUCUCUAUAAUUCGGCUUUGCUUGCUGUGACACAGUACCGCACAAAAGCUCUUAUAGCUGAUUGAACGGCUGCCGCAGCGUACUAUACACUGCGCGGUUAAUCCACAUACGUCUCCGUUAUCACUCUGCUUUGGGAAAGGACCAUCACACCGGCGAAAAUGGCUGCAAAUCACGGCUCCGCUGGCCUAGGGAUGAGAGUAGGCAUUAUCGGCGCGGGCCCGCUGGGUGUGGUAGCCGCUAAGAACCUUGCUGAAGAAGGCUUCGAAGUGACCGUCUUCGAGCGCGCCGAGGGCGUCGGCGGUCUAUGGCGGCAAACAACCAAUACCAAGCAGACCAGCGUGUUGCCAAAUACGUAUACUAACACUUCAAAAUUCACGGGGGCUAUGUCGGAUUUUCCAAUGCCAGACGAUUAUCCAGUGAAUCCAAGCGCAGAUCAGAUACAAAAAUACUUUGAAUUAUACGCCAAAGCUUUUGAUAUCAAAAGGCAUAUCCGAUUUUCGAUUGAGGUUGUUUCAGUAACUUAUGAUCGCGCUACGAAGAAAUGGCGCUUGACCGUCCGCCCAGUUGGAAGUACAGAUGAGCGAAACGAUGAGACUUUUGACUUUGACCGUUUGGUUGUUGCCACAGGCUCUUUCAAGACACCUUCAAUUCCGGUCUUCAAAGGUCAGGAACAGUUUAAAGGCGAGAUCCUUCAUUCGCAAGCUUUCAAAGAUCCGACCAAAUACAAGGGUAAAUCCGUCAUCGUAGUCGGACUGGGAAACACUGCGGCAGAUUCCGUCUCGGCUCUCAUUAGCGAGGGUGCUGAGCGAGUUAUCGUCUCUCACCGCCAUCAAGCCGUCAUUAUACCGCGGGUCACCAAAGAGGGCAGAGUGCUCGAGUUUACGCUCACGUUUCGACUCCUGAUGCUAAUUUAUCUGCUUCAGAGGAUCAGUAAAGGACUGGCCGCGACCAUUGUUGCAAGAGAGUUUGGGAAGCUCCAAGAUGCAUGCUAUCCAGCCUUGAGAAAACACAAGGCAUGUGCAGAUGGUAGAGAAUUGCCUGCUGCCCACGCUAUCCAGCCGGUGGUCAGCGACGAUUUAGCAAGCCAUUUCAUCGAAGGAAGAGCGGAAAGUGCACCUGAUAUCAGCUCUAUCAGUGGCCCCAGGUCCGUCAAGUUUUCCGAUGGAACGGAAGCAAACGAUGUCGAUGUUAUUUUGCUGUGUACUGGAUUGAAACCUGAUCUGGGUUCGUUGAUGCCCAGUGAAUUCGACCCUUACAACCCUAAUCUCGCGCCCACGAGCUUUGGAAUGCUCCCGGCGCGUUACACUGACGAAAGGCGAGUCGCUCGGCUGUACCAAGGGUUCAUCUCGCUUCAAAAUCCACAUCAAUUAGCGUUUUUGGGAUCCUGUAUUGCAAAGCGGCCCAACUUCCAACUCUACGACCUGAUCACAAUGGCCCUAGCGCAGCUUUGGGUCGGCAACUAUCCAUUACCGCCACAAGCCGAAAUGGAGCGUAGUGCUGAUGAUUUCAUGGAAGAUCUUGCUAAGCUGAUCAAGAAGGGUGAUGUUAAACUGACGGGCAUCAUGGGCGCCAUAGAAUACGAUCAAUGGCUGAAUGAUGUUGCUGGAACACGUAUAUACUCUCAUCUAGGCAACUGGUUUAGUAAGGAUUGUUGGAGAUUAUGGUGGACCGACCGCAAAUUGUACAAAAUCAUGGUAACUGGCAUUGUUUCGGCUCAUUUUCUAAGACUGUUUGACAACAAGGGGCGAGGUAGGAAAGCUUGGCCUGGAGCGAGGGAUGCCAUUAUGGAGGCAAAUGAUCGUGCCAAGAAUUGGAAGUCGGAGCACUUUGAGAAAUGGAAGUUGGAGCACUGGAAAGGCCAGAUGAAUGGCCAUGCGUAAUUUAUACUGUAACUAUAGGCUUGAAUAGAGAUUACAUGGAU